AUGGCAGCUGUGUUUGAGCCAGCUCUUACCUCUCUACCAGUGCCGUCGAACAGGCUGGCUAUGGUGACAAGUCCAACGUAUCAAUCACUCAACCAGGCCGCAAGGGAAAUUAGGCUAGUUCAAUUGUUCCCAGCUUCAUACCGCUUGCAGGCCGACAGAGAUAAGAUCAGCUGUUUUACGCAAGUAGUACCGCUUGACAGUUGUGGUCAAGACUUGGAGCAUCGGUAUCUGGCCCUUUCCUAUACUUGGGGCGAUGUGUCGGAAACCACUACGGUAUUUCUUGACAACCAAGAAGUCCAGGUCACCGUGAACUUGGCGGACGCUCUUGAGAGAUACGAGCACAAGGACCGAGUGCUUACCUUGUGGGUAGAUGCAAUAUGUAUCAACCAAGCAGAUGACCUAGAAAAGACUGAACAAGUCGGAUUGAUGUCCGAGAUCUUUGUGCGAGCCUGUGGCGUCCUUGUCUGGCUUGGAAGAGGCGACGACGAAUCUGCAGUGGGCAUGAAAGACCUAAGUUCGUUAGGCAGAGCCGCCUUGCGAGCACUAAGAAACCGACCCUCUGAAUCUUUCCACGAGUCGACUGCCUGGGGAUACGUUGCCGCCGAAUUGCGGCCGAGAUGGUUUCCUGGGGCUAAUCCGGCAUUUGACUUGGAAGCUGUGUUGCUCAUAUUGGAAAGACCAUGGUUUCGACGUGUUUGGGUGCUUCAGGAGGCGGCUCUCAAUCGCAACGUUGUGGUUUUCUGUGGACAACAAACAAUCAGGAAGAGUGUCCUGUGGGCUGGUGCCGCAACAGCUGUAUUCUUGUCGAACGAAGUACUGAUCAAAGGCCACUAUACUCAUGAUAGUGCGGUAAUGUGGAGGGCACUCUCAGGCUCCAACUUCCUCGCACGCAGGACGCUGUACCUCGUCGCAUCAAGGAAAAGGAGAUUCUCACUGCAAGCAGUACUCUCCGACAUAAGCUUGAACUUGGGGGAAUGUGCUUAUGAAGCCACAGAUCCCAGGGACAGGAUUUUCUCGGUUCUCGGCUUUGCAUCAGACUGUAGCAGGCUCGGAAUUAGACCUGAUUACACCAAGACCUGUGCGCAUGUGUACACAGAAGCUGCCGAGGCAAUUCUUACUCAAUCGAGAAGCUUGGAUAUACUUUACGUUGUUUGUGGACACAAGAAUAUACUCUCGCUCCCGUCGUGGGUUCCAGAUUGGUCCAACCCGAAUGCUUCAACUUUUGGGCCGCGAAGAAUUGGUCGAUUCUGUGCGGCGGGAAAGUCGUCGGUGUCUGAUGUUUCCUUCAGCUCCGAUAAAAAUGGCAACAGACUCUUGUCAAUAACCGGUCAUACAGUUGACCAUGUACAUACCAUUGUGGGAGUACAGUGGCAACCUCAGUGGGAUUUAUCUGCCUUUAGUGUUGAUUCCAACGUACUGAAUUUUAUACAAGCAUAUCAAGAAUUCGGCCAAACAGCUGUCGGAAACGCUUACUGCUCUGAGGAUGCACGCCAGGAAGCGCUCUGGAGGACACCGAUUGCCGACUGCGACGCGUUGCUCAAGGCUGGUGUAGCAGUGCGUCCACCAGCAAGUCAAGCAAUGCGAAGGUCCUUUGAGGCGUUUAUAAAACUCAACCAAACUGGUCACGCUCAGGACACUACCCAAAGCAGGCCAUUUGUCCAUACCAUGAGUCUCGAAUCAGCCCGCCGACGAAUUUUUGUUACACGCAAAGGAUACUACGGCCUCGGCGAUGAGUCUCUGAAGAAUGGCGACAAGAUCUGCGUCUUAUUUGGUGGAGACAGUCCUUUCAUUAUCAGGGAAUCCAAUACGGGUAACCAUGAACUGAUUGGAGAAGCCUAUGUACACGGCAUGAUGAAUGGAGAGUAUCUGAACACAAGACCACCUAUUGAGAGUUUUGUGUUUUGCUAG